AUGUUGGGAACUACAGAAAACGGAUCAUCGAUUCAAGUGGGUUUUAAAAAACGCUUAUUCGAGGACGACAAUGACGGAAAUGAUCAAAAUGAUGAUGAAAUUGUCGCAAUCAAACAAAGACAUUCAGUCAAAAAACGCAAAGUUGUCUCCACGCGUUACCAUUCGCAAAUACCAAAUCAACCGUUCGUCGUAUUGACCAGUCAUCAGAACGAACGAUAUUAUCUGUUAGUGCGAGAUGACGAUGACGAUUGUUUCAAAUUUUCGUCGAAUAAUGGGAAGAAGACUAGUUUACUCAAAGUGUCAGUUGAUGAAAUGAUUGAAAAAAGUGUUCGGCGGGAAUUGGAGGAAAUUACCAAAUCGAUAGAUGAUCCUUCAAUUGCGCUAGUCGAAAAAGAAAUGGAAAGCAAUUUGCCAAUGAUUGAUGGAUACACAGAUGAAUUAUGGGUUGAAAAGUUUGCACCGCGUGCCUUCUGCGAUCUACUCAGUGACAUCGUUCGGCAUCAAUCGAACGCUAUUAGAAUGGCUCAAUCUUUGGCAAUAUUGACGCGUCAUCAACAAAUAGCUGCCAAUGAAGCGAAUAAAGAUAAAAUUGGUUCAAAAGCGAAUGUGACGAAAAAACCGAUGCCAUCGGAUAUUCAGUUCGAAUUAGAUGCUUAUAAACGACCGAUACAAAAGAUUGCCUUGCUUUGUGGAUCACCAGGUGCAGGAAAAACGACUUUAGCACAUGUCGUAGCAAGACAUGCAGGAUAUAAUGUAAUUGAAAUGAACGCAAGUGAUGAUCGAAGUAUCGAAUUGUUUCGUACUCGUCUCGAAACAGCAACUCAGAUGCAAGAAGUAUUAAGUAAAGACUACAAACCAAACUGUCUGCUGAUUGAUGAAAUUGAUGGAGCACCAGCACCCUCAGUCCAGUUAUUAGUCGAUUUAGUAACUCGUAUGCCAGUCGAUCAACAACAAGCAAGUGGAAAAACCAAAAGGAAUAAUUCAUUUGUUCUUCUACGACCAGUUAUCUGUAUUUGUAACGAUCUAUAUGUACCUGCGCUGAAACCCCUUCGUCAAAUUGCUCUCAUUCUCAAUUUCCCACGCAUAGAACAAACUGUUCUCGCCAAGCGUUUACUAACCAUUUCCGAGCAACUGAACAUUCAAAGCGACUUAAUCACAUUGACUAGUUUAUGUAGCAAAGCAGCAUGUGACAUUCGGUCCUGUCUGCAUUUUAUGCAAUUUGUUGUUACACAACGAAAUCGAACAAUAACGAAAAAAUUGGUGGAAAGUACGGCAGUGCUGGGUGUGAAAGAUGCUCAAAAAAGUUUAUUUGAAAUUUGGACAGAGAUUUUGCAAGUGCCAGCAUCGAGAAAAACACAAUUGACCCUACAACUGGAUGAUCCGUUAAAACGAUCUGGCAAAGUAUCAUUAGAAAGACGUUUACAAUUGGUUGACUUAGUAUCGAGCAUCGGUGCAUAUGAUCGGCUGUAUGACGGACUGUUCGAACACUAUUUGACUCUUCAUUUUCAUGAUCCGAAACUGAAAUCUAUUGAUUAUGCUAAUGAUUGGUUACUAUUCUAUGACGUAUUGAAUAAAGAGAUGUAUUCCCAACAGAACUAUUCAUUUUGGCAAUAUGCACCCUAUCCAGCCAUUGUAUUUCAUCUUUUGUUCAUCACUCAUCGACCGAUUCAAAUGAAAUAUCCUCAAAAACAACUUGAAAUGCAAAACAAAUUACGUACAAAUAUAACAACUAUCGAAACAAUGUUAAAUGAUAUCAUCCCUACCCUUCGUCAAUUCGUUUAUAAAGACAUUCUUGUACUCGACAUACUUCCAUUUAUGCUCGAAAUUCUUCAACCUCGCCUUCGACAAACCAAUAUAGCGCUGUUCACAAAUAAAGAAAUGCGAGAUAUACGAACAUUAAUUGAUGUGAUGAUUACAUUCAAUUUAUCAUAUAUUCAACAACGAUCACCCAAUGGUGAAAAUAUUCUUGCACUCGAACCACCGGUUGAUGCAGUAGCUUACUUUCCUGGCAUGUCGGACAAACGUGGUUUGUCAUUCGGCACUCGGCAGAUGAUCUUCAAAGAAUUGUUGAAAGAACGUGUGAAGCGCAACAUUCGUGUGAAAUCAGAUAAACAACAGAUGCCCGUUGCGGUCAAUCGUCCCGCUGAUUCGAUUCCUAAACCAAAACCUGUUGCAGCCGUAACGAAAUUGUUACCAAAAGCAGUUGUUCCAAAUGCGACAAAUGCUCCACGAGAUUUCUUUGCAAAAUUCAAACUCGGCCCAAAGAAACCGCGUACAGCGUCGGAGUCAUCGGAUCAGGGCGAUUCAACGAACAAGCCAAGUGAACGAAAGGCAUUGAUUUCCUUUGCAUAUAACGAAGGCUUCUCAGAUGCUGUACGCUGUAAGGUGAAAAUUCGAGAUCUACUUUGA